AUUUUACUAUUUUUUUUUUACAAGUAUUCUCUAGUGAUGGCCGAAGAAGCAAUGGAAUAUGGUCCUCAGGUGCAUUUAGAUCAUCAUGCUGAACAGCCUACUCCUGUGGAAGUGUCAGGCAGCCAAGCGGAACUGCCCCUGCCCCAGUCUGCUCCACAUGACUCCAUUAACCGGACAGAAGAAGUAGAAUCUUUGGGAGAAAACAGUGCACAGAACAAUCCAGGAGCUUUAGAGGAUUAUAGGCAAAGAUCUGGUGCCAGUCAAGUACCUUCAUUGGAUUCAAUGAAUAGCUUCAUCAGUGGGCUGCAGAGACUUCAUGGCAUGCUAGAAUUCCUGAGGCCUCCAUCUUCAAACCAUAAUGUGGGACCAGUGAGAGCAAGGAGGAGGAGGUCUUCUCGUAGGGCAAGAACCGGUGGGUCUCAGAGGACAAAUGGUACCAGGUCAAGAGCGCCAUUGGAUGCUUAUUUUCAAGUGAGCAGGACCCAGCCUCAUUUGCCAAACACCUCUUUUGAUUCAGAGAUGAGGAAUCCUGUCUCUGAAGAAUUGCAAGGGUCAGGUACUUCUGAUUCUGACAGUGGCAGCUCCACAGAGUAUGAAGAGAUCACUGUUCAGACUGAGGAACCUGAAAAUGUCGUUUUAGAAGAACAAUCAGAAGGUAUCUCAGCAGAGCAAGAAAUUAUAUGUGUGGGUGGAGGAGACACCCUCCCAAAACAGCAAUCUCCCCAGAAGCCCAACCCGCUCCAGUCUUCUGCUACAAUGGAUGACGAAGAAGGGGACACCUGUACAAUAUGUUUGGAACAGUGGACCAAUGUUGGGGACCACCGGCUUUCAGCAUUACGCUGUGGCCAUCUCUUUGGGUAUAGGUGUAUUUCUAAAUGGCUUAAAGGACCGACACGAAAAUGUCCCCAGUGUAACAAGAAAGCCAAGCAUAGUGACAUCGUUGUCCUUUAUGCCCGAACCCUGACAGCUUUGGACACUAGUGAACAUGAACGCAUGAAAAGUUCCUUACUGAAGGAGCAGAUGCUAAGGAAGCAGGCUGAAUUAGAGUCUGCACAGUGCCGGCUCCAACUUCAGGUCCUUACUGAUGAAUGCUCUAAACUUCAUAGUCGUGUCCAGGACUUGAGGAAACUAAUCGUAGAGCAUCAAGACCAGAAUUCACAGCAGUUCUUGGGCUCACAAGCACGUCUCCUAAACUGUCUGCCUUCCAGCCAGGGCCAGCAGAAAUACCAUUUGCAGAAGUCUUUUACAGUGUCUCAGACAGGAAACUGCCGAAUCAUGACACAUUGCAAUUCUAUGAGCUGCUUGGUGGUAUCACAACCUUCCCCUCAGGCCUCCUUCCUUCCAGGCUUUGGUGUUAAGAUGUUAAGCACUGCUAACAUGAAAAGCAGCCAGUACAUUCCCAUGCAUGCAAAGCAGAUCCGUGGUCUAGCUUUCAGCAAUCAACCCAAAGGCUUAUUGCUCUCUGCUUCCCUCGACAACACUAUUAAACUGACCAGCCUGGAGACAAACACAGUGGUUCAGACUUAUAAUGUUGGACGACCUGUCUGGAGCUGUUGCUGGUGCCUUGAUGAAAAUAACUACAUCUAUGCUGGCCUGGUGAAUGGAUCGAUUAUGAUAUAUGAUCUUCGAAACACAAGUAGUGCUGUCCGGGAGUUAAUACCUCAGAGAAACAGAUGCCCGCUGGUAUCCCUGUCAUACUUACCCAGAGCUGCCUCAGCUGCAUUUCCAUAUGGUGGCUUGUUGGCUGGGACCCUGGAGAGUGCUUCUUUCUGGGAGCUGAAAUUGGGCUUUACUCAUUGGCCUCAUGUACUGCCAUUGGAGCCAGGGGGCUGCGUAGACUUUCAGACAGAAGGCAGUACUCGUCACUGCCUUGUGACUUACAGACCUGAUAAAAAUCACAACACUAUACGAAGCGUAUUGAUGGAAAUGUCCUACAAGCUGAAUGAUGUUGGAGAGCCAGUCUGCUCCUGCCAUCCUGUACAGACAUUCCUUGGAGGACCCACUUGCAAACUACUGACCAAAAGUGCCAUUUUCCAAAACCCUGAGAAUAGUGGCAGCAUCCUGGUGUGUCAUGGGGAUGAAGCAUCAAAUUCUGCCCUGCUGUGGGAUGCUAGCAGUGGCUCCUUACUCCAGAGUCUGACAGCUAAUCAGCCCAUCCUGGACAUCUGCCCCUUUGAGGGGAACCACUCCAACUAUUUAGCUACUCUAACAGAGAAGACAGUCCACAUCUAUAAAUGGGAGUAAUCUGACCAUGGUCUUGAAGUAUAUCAGGCAUUUUGUUGGAUAAUGUCAAACAUCUGCUGGUACCUAAUUGUCCUGAACAAGAUAAGGUCCCUGCUUAUUAUCAUGACCUAGAAGUUUUAGGACCACAGUUCUUUUGGUUUAGUAUGAUUCUGGGACACUAGGUCUUUGUAAUAUUACAGAUGGUGUGUUUGCUGUAUUUAUUUCUUGCAUUUAAAGCCUUUGUGAUUCUUUGUUGAGAGUCUGUUUUCAAUCAGUUUUCCUGCUGGGUCUCAGAGUAUCAAGUAUCAUCUCCCAGCAGUCAUUUGGGAUAUGUUUUAUGUGUGCACCUGACAUUUUCUGGAGGAUGUGAUACCCCACUGGGUUGUCUUGGUACUGGAAGUAUUUGACUUGACCAUGCUCAUAUCUUGAAGAGACAAACCAUCUCCAGCAGUUUGAAUGCAGAAGUCAUCUGUGAAACACACAAGAGAACUAUAGAACCUUAGAAUUUGACUUUACAAACUGAUAACCUUUUAGUAACUUGGUCUUAAAACCCAUUGAUGAAGAUGACUGAUGGGCUCUAAUAGGCCUUUUCUAAUGUCAAGUGCAUUAAAUUCAUCAUAUAGUAGAGUCAUUCAAAGGUACCAGUUCCAGUUACUUAAGCAGUAGGGAAGACCUUUUUUUCCUAGCCAGCAAGGUUCUCAGGAUAGUUUUUAUGGAAGCCAUGGCCUUGUAAACCACUCCUAUUUCCUCUCACUAAAGCAGGGGUGGGGUGGGAGGGGGGAGCUCUUUCUUGAGUCUCUCUCAGUGUUAGACUUUGGGAGUAAAGAGCUAACCAGGAGAGGCUUAAAAAGAUAAACAUUUUCAGAAUGCUGUUGAAAACAGAUGGGCUUGGUAGCUUUGUUUCAUUUGUGUGUUUGUUUUUCAAUAUUUUGAAAGAGUUCUUAUCUGAAUAAAGCUAAGUAUUAAAGUGGGAGUGGGUCUACAUUCAUGAACUUGGACUUUCCAGGUAGAAGUUUCCCCAUGUAAAACAAUGUUUGGUCCCAAAUUCCUCUACUUUGUCUCCCUUCCAAACUUUAAAAAUAUUUUGUGGGUUGACUGGCUAGAUGGAGAACUGUGUGAAUUUCAAGGAUACUCUGCUAAGCUGCUGCUGCCCCCAAGUAUGGGCUCUCAGUGCCCUUUUUUUUAAAUAAGUGUUACAGAAAUGUCAUUUGUAGUGAAUGGGCAUAAUGGCUGUGCAAAGAGAUUCUCAUGCCUGAGGCUCCAGUGGCCCAGGUUCAAUCCCCCACACCACCAUAAAUCAGUUGAGCAGUGCUCUGUUUUUUUGUUUUUUUUUUAAUCUCAUUUUUAUUUUAAGAGAAACUGCUCAGGCUGUUGCUGAAAACAGCUUAUUUAAAACAACUGACCUAUCAUCAAAUGAGCUGUUUCUAGCAUUUCUCACUAGCAAAGGUUUGUUGCAACAUAUCAGUAUAUUAAUCCCCCAAAGUUCCAUGUUAUAAUCAUGCUUUUUUUUUUUUUCCCCAAAAAAAUGUGACACUAGGGAGUGAAUCCAGUGCUUCAUUCACUCGUGUGUUAAUAUUAUUGAGUAGGUUGCCUGGCCCAGUCUUUUUGUCUGAGAGAUGAGAGAGAGAGAAAGACAGAGAAGAGACAUUACAGCACCUGUCCACCAACACUUGGUGCUAUUUGUGGUGUUCUUAUGUUGUGUGAAGGUUCAGACCCAGGACCUCAUGUACAGCAAGGUACAUACUGUACAGGAUGAACUAUUGCGUAACCUCCAGUUGUGCCUUAUUUUAGGACAUCUUUCAUCCAUGGCUUGGGAAGGAGCCACUGCUUCUCAGAGGAGAUAACUCCUUUUGAUAUGUUGAUGAUUCAGAACAACUGUCCAUACCUACAGCUUCAGAAGCAGAGAUUUUAAUUAAAUGGCAGAAUUCUUCAGAAGUGCUAGUGAUUAUACCCAGACUGCCUUUCUCUUUAGCAGGGACAGGGUUAGGAUUUAAAUACUGUUGAAGUACACUCACCUGAUGUUGAUUAGUUUCCUAAAUUAUAAGAACCAAAGGAAGUUAGAUGAAUCUCAAAUCUUGCCAAUUCUUGCAUUCCAGUAAAUUUAGAUAUUUUAGAAAUACAUAUCAGUUGUGGCUGCAAUUGAUUUCUCCAAAGAAAAGAAACUUCAUCUCCUCCUACUCCCAACCUUAACUCCCUCCCUGUGCCUGGUGUAAGAUAACAACCUCUGUAGACCAAAACUCUAGUCUGUGUGCUGCCAAGCUCAGCCCUACCAUCUCACUUCAUCCCUAUCUCUGUGAUUGUUUUCUCGUUUGAGUGAACUUAAGAAAAUUCAAGAUUUCUCACUGUUGUAUAUAUCCUUUGUACCUGCUUUGAAAACAGUGGAAUUUCUGUGUUCUGUUUUUAAUGUUUGUGUCUUAAUGUUAAUAUGAAAAUAAAGUAUUUGCUAUGUGGAACA